GUAGUCAGGUUUUGGAAGCGCAGUUGUAAACAAAAGAAAAUUUUCAUUCUUUAUUAUUGUGGUAGUUUUUUUUGUUUUGUUUUGUUUAAUAAUUAAAGAAACAAGUAUUUGAAAUAAAAAUGCCUUAUUAUGCCGUUGCAAUAGGACGAAUUCCAGGAAUUUACGAUACUUGGGAUGAAUGUAAGGAACAAGUGCAUCAAUUUUCCGGGCCAAAAUUCAAGAAAUUCAACACCAGACAAGAAGCGAAUGAUUUUGUGAACGCAUAUGGAAAUUCUUCAAAAAAUACUAACAAAAAUUCAUAUUAUAAACGCGAUGUUCCAAGCACAAGUGUAAAGCGACCUUUUGAACCAAAUUUAUAUGAAAAUCGAGAAGAAAAGCGAAGGAAAACUGAUUCAAUUAAUUAUGCCUCUUCUUCAAAGAUUGAAACACACGGAUUAGAAAAAGAUGAAAAUGGUUUCGUGAAUGUUUAUACUGAUGGAGCGUGUUCUCAAAAUGGAAAAAGAAAAGCAAGGGCAGGAAUUGGAGUUUGGUUCUCUGACGAUCAUCCAUUGAAUGUUUCUCGAGCUGUUGUUGGUCGACAAACUAAUAACAUGGCAGAGAUUCAAGCUGUGACUAUUGCUGCGAGACAAGCUCAAAAGGCGGGAAUUAAAAAAUUAAAAAUUAAUACUGACUCACAAUUUCUCAUUAAUUGUAAAACAAAAUGGAUGAAAAGUUGGAAAGCCAAAGGAUGGAAAACCGCUGACGGACGACCUGUGAUUAAUAAAGAGGAACUUUUAGAAAUGGAAGCUGCAAUUGCUCCACUUCAAGUUUCUUGGAAUCAUGUUCGUGGUCAUAGAGGAAUUUAUGGAAAUGAAAUGGCUGAUAAAUUAGCAAGAGAAGGAGCUAACAAUAAAAAUUAAAAAACGUUUUCUAAUUUUAAAUAUGUUUUUUUUCAUUGUAAUAUUUUUUUUUGCGUGAAUUGAUAACUUACAAAGUUUGUGAUAAUUAUUUUUUCUUUUCCUUUCAUGUAAUUAAGUUUAAAUACUAUAUUUUUGUACAACGAAUUUUUCUUAGUUAAAUAAAUAGAUUAAAGUUGAAGUUUUUGUAAAAAAAAAGAA